UCGUUCCACAAUAAACAAACGAAGAAGAAUCUUCGGCCAUUACAACAAAGACCACAGGAGCAGUUUGUCGAGCUCCUCAUUCAAUUCUCUCGUUUGUUAUCGUUUGAUUAAUUGCCAAAACGUCGUACGCAAUGAGAGGAGAUCGCGGCAGGGGUCGAGGUGGCCGCUUUGGUACCCGUGGUGGAUUGGUCCAGGGAUAUCGUCAGUUCGUCCCCCACAUUCCAUUUGAUUUUUAUGUGUGUGAGAUGGCCUUCCCACGGGUGAAGCCUGCGCCAGAUGAGACUGCUUUCAGCGAGUGUCUCUUAAAGAGAAAUCAGGACUUAAGUCCCACGCCUGCUGAACAGUCAUCAAUCCUGUCCCUGGUCACCAAGAUCAAUAAUGUCAUCGACAACCUGAUUGUUGCACCUGGUAACUUUGAAGUACAAGUCGAAGAAGUGCGCCAAGUUGGCUCUUACAAGAAGGGAACCAUGACAACUGGCCAUAAUGUUGCUGAUUUGGUGGUUAUCCUGAAGAUCCUGCCGACAUUGGAGGCUGUUGCGGCUCUUGGUAAUAAGGUGGUGGAAACGCUCCGAACCCAGGACCCUGCAGAAGUGCUGUCCAUGCUGACAAACGAGACUGGCUUCGAGAUCAGUUCUGCCGACGCCACUGUGAAGAUUCUAAUCACCACUGUGCCACCAAACCUAAGGAAGCUGGACCCAGAGCUGCAUCUGGACAUCAAGGUGCUGCAGAGUGCACUUGCUGCCAUCCGCCAUGCUCGCUGGUUCGAGGAAAACGCCUCUCAGUCCACAGUCAAAGUCCUGAUCCGCCUGCUUAAAGAUCUCCGGCUCCGUUUCCCUGGUUUUGACCCAUUGACUCCCUGGAUCCUGGACCUACUGGGUCAUUCAGCUGUGAUGAACAAUCCAUCCAGGCAGCCUUUGUCCCUGAACGUGGCUUACAGGCGCUGCCUGCAGAUGUUGGCUGCUGGCCUCUUCCUGCCUGGCUCUGUUGGAAUCACAGAUCCCUGUGAGAGUGGGAACUUCCGAGUCCAUACUGUCAUGACCCUGGAACAGCAAGACAUGGUGUGUUUCACGGCCCAAACUCUUGUGAGGGUCCUGUCUCACGGAGGGUACAGGAAAAUCCUGGGCCUGGAGGGAAAUGCCAGCUAUCUGGCUACAGAGAUGUCCACAUGGGAUGGUGUAAUUGUGACACCAUCAGAAAAAGCUUACGAGAAGCCACCAGAGAGGAAAGAGGAUGACGACGAAGCUCUGGAGGAGGGAGAAGGAGAAGACGACAGCAUGGAGACCCAGGAAUGAGCACCUUGGUAAAUCCAAGUGGCUCCAUUAGGUGGAAGAUGAUUUUCACUUUUUUUUAACCUCAAAAUUGAUUUGUUUUUUUUUAUCUUAUCUGUCACAAAAGAAACAGACAACUUGAUUCACUCAGCAGGCUUUUUUUUAUUUAUUCACUAUUGACUAUUGUGUGUUUAACAUUCAGGCAAAAUGGUCCUGGUGCUAUUUUUAAACAGGUCUUUGUUAUUCUGUGUUAGCUGUCCCACAAAUGUCCAUGUUUAGCUGUCUCCUUGACAUCCCAGACAUAAUAAACGGUGUACAUCAAGUCAGGAAUAAGUCUUUU